UGCCGGCAAGUCGAAAGCCCCACAUCAAACUUUACUUUCGUUCCGUGCGGUUGACAUCGCCAUUUCGCCUGAGACGCGCAAUUCCCGGUCAGUGACUAUAUAGUACCCAUACUGAGUUCAAUUGCGGCAGGUUGCUUCGGAUGCAGCCGAAAGUCUUUUUCUUAUCGCAGGUUUUACGACUUAUUCUUUCUAACACGCGUCUGCCAGGCAUCUAACGCAGUCCAACACUCGGUAGACUUUAUUAUCUUUUCUUAAUUAUGUGUGAUGUGAAAAAAAUUAUAUCAUUAAGUGCUUAUGGUGUUAUAAAGAAAGAAAUGCGUCGUUUAAUAUAUAUAUAAUACAACAAAUAUAAAUCGUGUUCUAUGAAUAUUCUUUUAAUAUAUUAAAAACGGUUUGUCUUGGACUUUGAAUAUACUUUCUCUAGGCAAUAUAGCAAUGCUGAACACACGUGUAUUAACAUAAAAUAAUAAAACUGUUGUUAAAACAUUAAUUUUAAUGCCUUUGAAGUACGCCAAAUAUACUGAGUAUUGAGUAUUGGAAGGUCUACUUCAACAGCUGCGACUUAACGACCUGCAGCAAUUUUUCGACGCUUUGCAGUAAUUUAAACACAUCUGACGAGACCCCAGCUGUCAAACAUAAUCUACACGAAUUAGAAUCGCCGAGCUCACUAAUUGGUUUUGGAAAUUAAGAGAAAUUCAACGCAGGCAAUUAAGCGGAUUGCAGAUGCAGUAGUGAAGAUGAGUCGGAGCCUUGUGUCCAGGCUCAUCUCGAUUCCGAUUCCCGAAUAGAAACUAUAGAGAAGUGGUGCCAGUGCGCAGAAACACGAUGCUGGAGGUGGACAAGAUUCUGGAGAAGUGCGGCGACUUCAGCCGGCUUCAGAUGAUGAUGCUGCUGCUCUUCUGUCUGAUCAAUGUGCUCUCGGCCCUGCACUACUACUCGCAGACGAUCAUCAGCUUCGUUCCCAAACACUGGUGUGCAGACGGUUUGCCCGCCAACUUUGAGCCGCCGGAUGUGUCGAGUUGCCUGCCUCUGGACAGGAACAUUAGCUCUCCGAGUACCUGCUACAGUUAUGACUACGAGCUGUACAUGGGCUACCAGAGCUUCCCCAGCGAGAUGGGCUGGGUGUGUGCCGAUGCCUGGCGGCUCACUCUCGGCCAGUCCAUGUUCUUCGUGGGCUCUGUGGUGGGCUCCAUGGUGCUGGGCUACCUGGCGGACGUGGUCGGACGCCUUCCCAUCCUGAUCGUGGCCAACUUGAUAGCCAUGACCGGCAAUCUACUGACCAUCUUGAGCUCCAAUGUCACGCUCUUCUGUAUUUUCCGCAUGAUUUCGGGCAUUGCCACGGAUAGCAACUUUGUGAUGAUGUAUAUUCUGGUUAUGGAGUACAUGCGCCCUUCGGUUCGCACCCUUGGCCUGAGCAUCUGCAUUGGACUGUUCUACUGCCUGGGCUCCAUGGCGGCCCCCUGGAUCGCCGUGCUCAUGCGCAGCUGGCGGGGAUUCCUGCUAGCCACCUCCCUGCCCCUGCUGGUGGUGCCUCUGCUCUACUUCAUAGUCCCGGAAAGCAUUCAGUGGCUGAUUUCCAAGCAGAAGUACGACGAGGCAGUGGUCUGCCUGAAGCGGGUGGCCAAGAUAAAUGGGCGGCGGGUGGAGGAGAGCGCCUUCGAGGAGUUCAUCGAGGAGUGCAAGUUCAGCCAGCAGAACCAGAAGGCCUCGCCCCAUCUGCUCGACCUGUUCAAGACGCCCCGCCUGCGCCGCCACACGCUCAUCCUCUUCUUCAAGUCCAUGGUCAUCACCCUGUGCUACGACGCCGUAUCGCGGAACGUUCAGGGCCUUGGCAUUUCGCCAUUUGUGAUGUUCUCGCUGAGCGCCACUGCGAUUCUGCCGGCCUGCCUGCUGAUCAUCGCCCUGCAAGACCGCAUCGGUCGCAAGGCGAUGGCCUCCGCCUCCCUGCUGCUGAGUGGCAUUUUCAUCUCGGUCACCGGGGGCAUCAUCUUCGCCGCCGCUGCAUCGGAUAAGACUACAACCUUGCUGGUAAGCCUCUCCGUGGUGGGUCGCUUUGGGGUAACAGUGGCCUACAACUCGGGAGCCCAGUACGCCACCGAGCUGAUCCCCACCUGCGUCCGCGGUCAGGGAGUGGCUGCCGUCCAUGUGGCCGGCUAUGCCUUCACCUUCUUCAGCGCCUACAUUCUGUACACCAGGAGCAUCUUCUCGCCGCUUCCCGAGAUCAUCCUGGGUGUGCUGUCCUUGCUUGGAGCUGGUCUCUGCCUCCUCCUGCCGGAAACCCUUCAUCGCACUUUGCCCACUUCCCUGGAGGAUGGGGAGAUCUUCGGCAAGAACGAUCGCUGGUAUACCUUCAGCUUCCUGGAGAAACGCACCCAGUCUGCAGCCACUCUGGACACCCAAAACGUCAAGAUGUACUCGCAAUCAACGGAAUCGGACGUCUACUUUUAAGUCACCUCUAAAGAUAUACUUUUAGGCAACGAAAGUCGGUUGGGCUUAUCACUACAAUUGUAGUUUUCUGUAGAGCCCACCAAAUUGGUAGAGUAUACAAAAUAAGAAACGGUUUAAACAAAGUACGAGUAUAAUAUAAUGUACAACAGAAAACUAAACAACCAAUGAUUACAAUAUAUAAUAACAAUACAUUAAAAUUACGUAUAUCUUGUAUUGAUUGUUGCUUAUUGUAGUUUAAAGGCAUCAGAUUGUAACAGAAAAAAUUCUAGUUAAAUGUCCCAAACUGUAAAUCUGUACAGUACCUAAAUAUUAAGGCCAUUAAACCAUUUAUUUAUUGACACGUCAA